CUGAAUCGAAGCUUCAAUCUUUCAAUUAUGUCAAUCACAAAACAGAAAAGGAUUCCUUAUCUAUAGUUACUGCAGUCUUUUGACUUGGCGGCUAUGAAAGUCCCUCCAGUGAAGCCUCACUUUUUCAAACCCAUUCAGCCAGGUUUCAAACACGCUCUGAACAUUCCACUAGGUUUCUUGAAGUAUCUGACAGGACACGAGCAUGAACAUGCCGUACUAAAAAGGGCUGGUAAGAAGUGGCUGGUGAAAGUGAAUGGUCAUCGACUAGAAGAAGGUUGGGAAAAGUUUGCAGAGGAGCAUGAUCUGCAAUUGGGAGAUAUGUUGGUGUUUAGACAUGAAGGAAACAUGGAGUUUAAGGUUGUCAUCUUUGAUUCAGGUCACUGUAAAAGAGAAUAUGCAGAGAAUCUGCAAGAAGAAGAAGAAGAAAAAGAAGAAGAAGAAGAAGAAGAAGCAGGAGGAGGAGGUCGAGGAGGUGAAGAGAAGAGGAAGAACGAGGAGGAGAAGAGGAACAAGGAGAAGAAGCUAAUUUUGGUCAAUCUCUUUUUGAAUGCACAAUUAGAUCCUAUUGGUUUUCCAACGGUUACUUGGUAAGUCUUAAAAUUAUUUCCUCCUAACCUUCAAAAAUGCUUGUUAUAAGAAGAGUGCUUCGUCUUUCAUAGGCUAUAGUCCAAUGUAAAGGGGCUGUUUGCUCUGUUUACUCACUCAAGUUUAUAUAUUGAGUCCUCUAAAGACACUGUCCCGGA